AUGUUCUGCCGUGACACUUUGACCAUGUAUCAUGUAGUCUUCGUUGUGGUAGUAACUUGGUAUUGCAUCCUUGUAGAAAUGACUGGUGCAGAAAAUAUAGUUUUGGGGGCUCUGAGUGGCACUGAUGAGGCCAGGCUGAUAGUGGUGAAGACUGCACUAGUGUCUGUCUGUGACAAGGCAGGCUUAGACGUCUUGGGGAAAUGCUUGGCGAGCUACGGUGUCAAGAUACUCUCCACGGGAGGAACCGCUAAGAAGAUGGAGGAACUGGGCUACUCCGUAAUGGAUGUUAGCGAUUAUACCGGAAGUCCCGAAAUCCUGGAUGGCGAGUCAAAACCUUGCCUUACGUAA